AAUCAAAUAAACCCACUGUAUAGCCUGGACGAACCCUUAAGAAAUAACUUCCUCUCUUAUCCUCUACCAAUCAGUUCUCCAGUGUUAGCAGCAAACCUAAGACCAUUGGUCAACAUUUUAAUUUCUAAUUUACUGUUUAAAAACACUAUCAAGUAUCAAUAUUCGAUCUGAUUCUGAAUCCUGUAAUUUUCAGACUCCCUCCAGCAUCAACAGGUUCAAUUUGUGAUAAAUCAAGUGCUGCGUCCCAUUGUUAACAUGAAAACUAAGGAGGAUAAUCUUCCUGCAGUGCAAUCAGUUGUCAAAGAUGAAUCAUUCGUUCAGAUAAAGGUGCUGUUCUUCGCCAAAGCUCGAGAUAUAACAGGGUUGACCGAAUUAUCAAUGGAGGUUUCAUCUGGUAGCACUACUCAAGAUUGUCUGAACAAGCUUGUUGCAAAGUUUCCUAACUUGGACGAGAUUCGUCAGUGUAUUGUUCUUGCUCUCAAUGAAGAAUACACAACCGAGUCAGCUGUUGUUAAAGACAAAGAUGAAUUGGCCAUUAUUCCUCCUAUAAGUGGUGGGUAAGCAUUUUCUGUUUCAUAUUUCUUAAAGGCACUCAAAGAAUAAAGCACAAGCUUCAUCUGUAUAAUGUUUGUUGGAGCACUCAAAUUUGCAAUAUUUUGAGUCGUUAAUGUUAAUUCUGCAUGGUACUGCAUUCUAUGUUACUCAAAAUUUCAUUUUCUUAAAAUAAAUUAUGUUCGACAUUUGUGUCUUACACCAAUGUUACUUGAAUUCGAGUGUGAGUGUUAGGUAUGGUUAUAUGCCUGACUCUAGUAUGUAGUAAUAUGCAUUAGACACUGGUGUUGGGCACAAAUACUUAGAGAAAAAUGAAAAGUUGGACUAAUAUACUCCGACAUAAACUCUAACAGGGAUAUGGGAGUCUCAUCUUCUAAAAUAUUUAGGAAAAAGUAAGACUACUCAUGUCGGACAUAUACUUGUAUCUAGCAUUUACUGCGAAUUUGGGUAACAUAGAUUGCACUUUGUUCGUUGAGAGGAUGAGGUUGGCGUUGUAAGUUCAAGUUGUGGAAAAUACAGUAGUCAUUUAUGUUAUAGAA